GCGUAGCAACAUCGUGAACUUAGUUUGCAGAGAUGAAAAGCUCUAAAGGUAAAACACCAGCCAACGGGUCAAGACCUAUCAAGAAAGGUUGUCCAACGCCGGGCAAGCCACCUAAAGCUUCAAGACCAAAGGAUCCUGUUGAAGUGUACUGUCGAGUGCGACCAUUAAAAGAUGAUGAACUGGAGUCGUGUGUGGAGGUUCCUGAAGACACACUGCUCAAAGUCACGCCCCCUGAGUGCUCUAUCGCUUUCAAGAAUGGGCACAGAAAUGCUCACGCUCACAAGUUCAAGCAUGUGUUCACGGAGGGGACUGAUCAAACGGAUAUCUUUGACAGACUGGGCUUCCCUCUUGUGGAGGACCUCCUACAGGGAAAGAACGGGCUACUAUUUGCCUAUGGCAUAACCAACUCUGGCAAGACGUACACUAUGAACGGGGAACCUGACCAAGCCGGUAUUCUACCGAGGAGUCUAGACAUCAUUUUCAACAGCAUAGCAGACGUCCAAGCUUUCAAGUUUGUGUUUCGCCCUGACAAUACUAACGGGUUUGACCUAUUCACUGAAGAAGAGGCUAACACAGAGGCUCAAAAGAGCAAGCCCAAGAAGAUCAGUCCUAGAAUGAGAUCUGAGAUGCCCGACUAUGGGGACCUGCUCAGGAUCCCAGAACCCCGUAAAGUAGAGACAGGUGUAGAUGAGGACAGCAACUACUCUGUUUUCAUCUCCUAUGUGGAAAUCUACAACAAUUUCAUCUAUGACCUCCUGGAGGAUAGGAACUUGGAUGCCAUUAAACCAAGUGCCCCCACCUCUAGAAUCCUUCGUGAGGACUCAUCCCGCAACAUGUAUGUUAGUGGAGCCACAGAGGUGGAGGUCAAGAGUACAGAGGAGGCAUUUGAAGUUCUGUAUCGCGGUCAGAAGAUGCGUAGAGUAGCACACACCCAGUUGAACCAAGAGAGCAGUCGCAGUCACUCUGUGUUCACCGUUAAACUAGUACAGGCCCCACUUGACCACACUGGCAAGGAUGUGCUGCAGGACAAGUCCAAGGUAGUCUUCUCACAGCUGUCUCUGGUCGAUCUGGCCGGCUCGGAGCGCACCUCUCGUACUAAUAGCCAUGGCGAUAGACUUAAAGAGGCUGGAAACAUCAACAAGGAUUUGAUGGUGCUCCGGACAUGCAUGGAGACAAUCAGAGAGAACCAGAGCAGCAAUGUCACCAAGAUCGUUCCGUAUCGAGACUCUAAACUGACCCAUUUGUUCAGGAACUACUUUGACGGAGUGGGCAAGGUUCGAAUGGUGGUGUGCAUCAGCCCCCGCUCAGAGGACUACGACGAGAGCAUACAGGUGAUGAGGUUCGCAGAAGUCACACAGGAGGUCGUCGUAGACCGACCCGAGACUGUCAGACCAAACACUGGUCUGGCUCCAGGACGUAAGAGGGCCUACAUGCUGUACAAAGCAGCACUGACGGAGGCUUCCAUGACCGAUGGUCUGGGAGAAGAGUGUGAUACACCCCCUGCUGUGGCCCCUCACCCCUAUACCCUGGCUCUGGGGGUGCUCUCAAUACAGAAGUAUUUGCUGGAAGACUGCUCAGUGGAGAGUUUCUCUGAGUUCAAGGCCACUCUAGAGAAGAGGUCUAAAAUCAGACUGGAGCUUAUCGAAGAUCUGCACACGAAACAGUCCUCAUUCAAAACUGAUCUGGCCACUCUUGAGGCGGAGGUGGUAGCGUUGAGGGCCGGGGCUGUUGAGCACAGGGCGUUGGUGAAGGGACGAGACAAACUGAUCAAGGAUAACCAGGAGCUCAGGGGCAUCAUCUCAGCACAGGACGAACAGAAUGCCCAGCUGACUGCCGAUUUGGAGCAGUCCUCAACCAAUGAGGCUGUCCUCAGUAGGCAGGUGAGAGAGCUGCAACAAGAACUGAUCAGAGCCAACCAGCAGAGACAUAAACUGACCAAGACUACCCAGAUGUACGAGGUUGACAAACAAGAACUGGUGCAUGAACUGGUAGUUGAGCGGGAGCAGCUUGUGAAGACUCAAAAGGCCACUGUUGCCAUGGAAGGCCAUGUACGCCAAGAGAGGGAGCGUUUUGAGAAACUAGCUCGUCAGAUGAAGAACAAAGAGAAGGACUUGGCCGUCAAGAGUGACCAAUUGAGACAGGUCAAAGAAGUGAUCAAGAACUCUCCUCUGGUCUCUGUGAGGUCCACUCUCAAAGAGUCUAACACACCCAUUAGCAAAUCAGAGAGAAAGAGGGGCAAUGUGCCGGCAUUACGAGGCAAGGGCCGCAAACGCUCUUUCUCUGAAAACUACUUAGAGCACAAGCCCACGACCACAGUGAGAAGUGGGGACCUACUGCAGCCACUGAUGAAGAAGAAAAAAACUGUCUCAACUCCCAGGCCUAAAGACUUUCAGUCUAGACAAGUAGACAAGUACUGCCUCCAGCAUCAAGAGGAGGACUCUCAAGGAGACAUACAGACAGCCCUGUUCAAGGGAGAUAUCCACCGCACUAGGGGAGGUGGCACCUCUGUCCAGUUCACUGACGUUGAGGUACUCAAACACUCUCGUCCCAAAACACCAUCCACUAGGGACAGGACGCGGCGGUCCACUCGCAUUGCCUCACGGGGCAGACCGAGGGGUGGUCAGAUGGGAGUGUCUAGUACUAGUGUCAAGAGUGAUGUAUCCUUGUCCAGUGUUAGCAGUCUGAGCAGCGAGGGGUCACCAGAGAGCAGUGUGAAUGAGUGGACUGACGUGGAGUCUAGGUGUGCAGUGGCUAUAGAAGGACGACCUGGAUCAGCAACACCUGCCCUCACUCAUGUCACUGUACCGAAAUAGCUCAUAAGGAAAAGACAUUUCAAGUAGAACUCAGUGACACAUUUCUGUUGUGUUUGUUUGACACAUUUCAUUUGCACAUUUUUGAUCUGUUGACUCUUGA